UUCACUGUGACAUGGGCAACCUUUAUUCAAUGCUCUCAUUUCUUUAACAAUUGGUUCCUGAAUUCCACGCUUAUUAUCCCAUUCUCAAUCUAGGAAGUGGGCACCCAGUUCCCCUUAGAUUGAAACACAACUAAGCUAAUUAUCCUGUACCAAAUUUUUGGUCUUUUUUAUUCAAUAUCAUUCAUUCACAAGAAACCCUUUAUAGUUGAGGGCAUCUUUGUGAAUUAUAGAGCUUGAAUGGUUAAUUUUGCCGCUCUGCCGCUGCUUUUGCAUACUUUGAUAUGGCUGUUUCAGCUCACUGGUCCGAUCUGCUGCCAAAAACCUACUGUGGUAAACGUUGGUGCGGUUUUCACUUUCAAUUCCGUCAUCGGCAGAGCAGCAAAGCCGGCGAUGAAAGCAGCAAUUUCCGACAUAAACGCUGACCCCAACAUCUUGAAUGGCACAAAGCUUAACUUCUUCAUGGAAGACUCUAAUUGUAGUGGCUUCUUGGGCUCCGUUGAAGCUUUGCAGGUACUUGAGAAAGAAAUUGUAGCCAUGAUUGGCCCACAAUCCUCAGUAGUGGCUCAUGUGAUUUCUCAAAUUGUUAAUGGUUUACAAAUUCCUCAAGUAUCCUAUGCUGCCACUGAUCCAACAUUAUCCACUCUGCAACUCCCUUUUUUCCUCCGAACAACUGUAAGUGACUCUUACCAAAUGGCUGCCAUGGCUGACUUGAUUGAUUAUUAUGGCUGGAAAGAAGUCAUUGCUAUAUUUUUGGAUGAUGAUUAUGGUAGAAAUGGGAUAUCUUUUCUGGGUGAUGAACUUCAGAAAAAAAUGUGUCGUAUUUCUCAUGAAUACCCUUUGCCUUCUCUGGCUAAUCUUACUAAGAUCACACAAAUACUUAACAAUUCUAAAUUACUUGGUCCUCGUGUUUAUGUAGUUCAUGUAGGCCCUGAUCCCCAAUUGAGAAUCUUCACCAUUGCCCAUAAACUUGGUAUGCUUACAAGUAAUUACAUUUGGUUCGCAACCGAUUGGCUUUCUACAACUCUUGAUUCUUCUUCACCAAUAACCAAUGGUGCUUCGCUUGAUAUACUUAACGGAGUCGUGGGGCUGCGCCCUCAUACUCCAGAGUCUAAAAGAAAGAGAGAUUUGUGGGAUCGGUUGAGAAAAACGCAGCCAAAAGGUUUAACAAAUUCUGUGUUGAAUGUUUAUGGACUGUAUGCUUAUGAUUCAGUAUGGAUUGUUGCAAAGGCAGUGGAUAAGUUUAUCAAAGAAAAUGGGAAUAUUAUCACAUUUUCAUCCACAGGGAAAGUUUUUGGCUCUAAUGAAAGUGGAAUUCAACUGGGUAAGCUUAAAGUGUUUGAUGGAGGAAGUGAUUUACUUAGAAUUCUUAUGCAAACAGAUUACAAUGGUUUAAGUGGGAGAAUUCAGUUUGGUGAAGACAGAAAUGUUGUUAAUGGUAGCUACGAUGUGAUUAAUAUUGAUCAAAGGAAAAUUCGUUUGGUGGGUUAUUGGUCUAAUAACUCAAGAUUUAAGCUUGAGAAUGUUGUUUGGCCUGGUGGGAAGUCAGAAAUACCAAGGGGUUGGGUGAUUGCAGAUGCUGGAAAACCUCUGAGAAUUGCAUUCCCAAAAAGAGCAAGCUUUGUUGAUUUUGUUACUCAAUUGAACAACACUAAUAUUGUUCGAGGAUAUGUUAUUGAUAUAUUCAAAGAAGCACUCAAGUUUGUUCCAUAUGAAGUUCCUUACAAACUUGUGCCUUUUGGGGAUGGUCGAGUCAAUCCCAGUUAUGAUGAACUUGUUCAAUCGGUUGCAAAUAAUGUGUUUGAUGCAGCAGUUGGGGACAUUGCUAUCGUCACGAACCGAACAAAGAUAGUCGAUUUUUCUCAACCAUAUACCACAACAGGGCUGAUCAUGGUUGCACCAGUUAAAGAUUCAAAAUCAAGUGCUUGGGUGUUUCUUAAACCAUUUACAGUGGAGAUGUGGUGUGCAACAGCAGGUUCAUUUGUGGUAAUUGGGAUUGUUAUUUGGAUGUUGGAGCACAGAAUCAACGACCAUUUUCGAGGCCCUCCCAAAAGGCAGAUUAUCACAAUGUGUUUGUUCAGCUUUUCAACUCUAUUCAAGGCUAAUCAAGAAGCAACAAUUAGCCCACUUUCUCGACUGGUGAUGUUGGUGUGGCUGUUCUUGUUAUUGGUAAUAACCUCAAGCUACACAGCAAGUUUGACAUCAAUCCUUACGCUUCAGCAACUUUGGUCUCCAAUACGAGGAAUUGAUGACUUGGUUGCAAGUAACUUGCCAAUUGGGUAUCAGGUAGGAUCCUUUGCUUAUGACUAUCUUACACAAUCCCUUUUCAUACCAAGUUCCAGAUUGAAAAAGCUGGACUCCCCUGAAGACUACGAGAAAGCACUGCGCCUUGGCCCAAGAGGAGGUGGUGUGGCAGCCAUCAUUGAUGAACUUCCAUAUUUGGAGUUGUUUCUGUCUAAGACUAAAGAAUUUGGAAUGAUUGGUCAACCUUUUACAAGGAGCGGAUGGGGAUUUGCUUUUCAAAGAGGAUCUCGACUUGCAGUUGAUAUGUCAACUGCAAUUUUGAGACUCUCGGAGAGUGGAAAGCUCCAAGAAAUACACAACUCGUGGUUCUGUAAGCUAGGUUGUCCGGGAAAUCGGGGAGGAAAGUCAGAGCUAGACCAACUUCACUUGAUCAGUUUCUGGGGUUUGUAUUUGCUUUGUGGAAUCAUUUCCCUUGCUGCACUCUUCCUGUUUCUUUUAAAACUAAUAUGCCAGUAUAUCCGCUAUAAACGGCACCAUCGGCGUCGUCAUUCAGAGGAAGUUACACCAUUCCCUGUUCCAUCCAACACUAGCUGUACUCAGACCAUACAAAACUUUAUAGGCUUUAUUGACGAGAGGGAAGAAGCCAUCAAGAGCUUCUUCCGAACAUCACAUGGUGCUCAAAAUGGGAACCAACUCCCCAUUCGUUCCCAAAAGGCCAAGGAGAAGGCUGAUUCCGAGAUAGAGGUAGGGACCUCGGGUAUGAAUCGGGGAUAGACUUUUGCCUGCCAUUUGGUUCUUCAUAAUUUCUUAGGUGGAUUUCUUGGUGAAGCAUGUACAUUAAAUCCCAUAAUAUCGAACUAAAAUUGUAGCAUAGUAAAUAUCUUACCUUGUAUCUAAAUUGGUCAAAGCAUCUCAGAAAUUUAGAUUCUAUUAGAUAACUAUUUUUGAGCCAUUACAAUU